AUGAUUAUUAGUUCAUGGAAUAUUAGGGGGUUAUGGGGUGAUGGGAAGCUGAGAAUGGUGAAAGAACUUAAGAGGAAGCAUAGGUUGGAUAUGUUAGGUUUGGUUGAGACUAAAAGGCAGUUAGUAACAAGGUUUGACGUUGUGAAUUUAUGGGGGAACAGUUGUGUGGGAUGGGAGUAUGUGGAGUCUGUUGGUGCAUCUGGUGGGUUGUUACUAAUAUGGGAUGAUGGCUUUUUUAAAAUAAGAAAUUGCUAUAAAGGUGAGCGAUGGCUAUGUGUUGAAGGGGUACUGUCACAGAAUACUAUUAACUGCGCCUUUUUCUUGGUUUAUGGUGCUCACACUAGAGAUGAGAAACUUGUUGUGUGGGAGGAACUGAGUUACAUGGCUGGUUUAUGCCCAGGCGCCUGUUGCUUUCUUGGAGACUUCAACAAGAUUGGACAAGUGGAAGAAAGGCGAGGCUUAGAAACCUUACCUUUGUCGACACAAGAUUAUCAGAAUUGGGUACAUGACAUGGGUUUGGUGGAUCUACCGAUUUCUGAUCAUAAGUUUACAUGGUUCAGAGGACAGUCGUGCAGCCGUAUUGACAGAGCUUUGGUUAGCUUGGAAUGGCUUGAGGCAUUUCCGGAGACUUUCCUGAGAGGUGCUCCACGGGGCUUGUCAGAUCAUUGCCCUAUCAUAGUGGAAGAGAAGAGGCUGUGA